GUGUUAUCGUGUUAUGAAAGUGAAUUCAUACGUUUUAUAAAAAGUUUGAGAUGUACUAUGCACAUUUUUUUCUGCUAUUGGUAUCCCAAAUAAUUCAAAUUUGUUCAGAUCGUCUUACUCACAUAUACAAAGCAAAAGAUGAAGUGAUUCUUUUUUACAACACUUUAAGCCCUUAUCAUAAUCGUCAAGAAACAUAUCCUUACUUUGAUUUUCCUUUUUGUCAUGCCAUAAAGACGGACGACGAACAUGAACAAUAUUAUGCACAAAGCUUUGCUGAAAAAUUGGAGGGCUACGAUUUGGAACCAAGUGGAAUGCACAUUCAUUUUACUGAAAAUAUCCCAACAAAAUUGGUAUGUCAGAUCAAGGAUUUAAAUGAAAAAGACUAUAAACAAUUUGUUAAAGCUAUAUUACAAAAUUUUUGGUAUCAGAUGUACUUGGAUGAUUUGCCUAUUUGGGGAAUAGUGGGAGAGAAAGAUGAAUACAGAAAUUUUUAUUUAUGGACUCAUAAAAAAUUUGACAUAGGUUACAAUAAAGAUAGAAUAGUAGAUGUUAAUUUGACUAGUGAAAAUAGGUUUCACAUACUUCCCGGCAAAGAUAUUAAUUUUACUUAUGAAGUAAAUUGGAAAAAAUCGGAUAUUGAGUUUGAAGAUAGAUUUACAAAAUAUCUGGAUCAUGCAUUUUUCCAACAUCGUAUACACUGGUUUUCCAUAUUCAACUCCUUCAUGAUGGUAGUGUUUCUGGUGGGUUUGGUUAGCAUGAUACUCAUGAGGACCUUGCGGAAGGAUUAUGCCAGAUAUAGUAAAGAUGACGAUUUGGAUGAUUUAGAAAAGGACUUAGGCGAUGAGUAUGGUUGGAAGCAAAUUCAUGGAGACGUGUUCAGAUCCGUCAGGCAUAACACUCUCUUCUCAUCUCUCAUUGGAUCCGGUUUUCAAUUAUCUUGUGCCUGUUUUUUUUUGAUACUUUUUGCUAUCCUUGGCGAACUUUACACUGAGCGGGCAUCACUGUUAAGUACGGCUAUAUUCUUGUAUUCCAUCACAUCACCCUUAAAUGGCUACGUUGGAACAAGUUUAUAUACACGAUUUGGAGGUAAAAAAUGGGUUAGGCAAAUGAUAUUUUCGACAUUUUUAUUUCCUUCUUUAGUGUGUGGGACAGCUUUUUUUAUCAAUUUUUUUUCUAUAUAUUACCAUGCGUCAAAAAGCAUUCCAUUUGUAUCAAUGUUAGCUGUCGCCAGCAUAUGUAUAUUUGUCAUAUUUCCAUUGAACAUUAUUGGAGCAGUUUUAGGGAAAAACAUAUCUGGUCAGCCACAUUAUCCUUGUAGAAUUAAUGCAGUUCCUAGACCCAUUCCUGAAAAAAAAUGGUUUAUGGAACCUAUUUUUGUCAUAACCAUUGGAGGAAUAUUACCAUUUGGCUCAAUAUUUAUCGAAAUGUAUUUUGUUUUCACCUCAUUCUGGGCUUACAAAAUUUAUUAUGUAUAUGGAUUCAUGUUGUUGGUUCUAUUGAUUUUAGCAGUUGUGAUAGUAUGUGUGACAAUAGUAUCAACAUAUUUUUUAUUAAAUGCAGAAGAUUAUAGAUGGCAAUGGACUAGCUUUUUAACUGGUUCUUCCACUGCUGGAUAUGUGUAUUUGUAUGCGAUUUACUACUACUUUUUUAAAACAAAAAUGUAUGGCCUAUUCCAAACGACGUUUUACUUUUUUUACAUGUUUCUAUUUUGUGCUGGUCUGGGAAUCAUGUGUGGUUCCUUCGCUUUCCUGGGGACAACUGCUUUCGUUUACAAAAUUUAUUCCACUGUCAAAAUUGAUUGAUAUUAUCAAUAUGUAUUAUAAAUUCUACUAAAUUUUGUACAAAACUUAUCCUAUAUUUUAUAAAGUUAAAUGGUUUAAAUCGACACUUAUUAAUUUUAUAUAAUAUAUUUAUUCUCCUUUAAAUUUAUAUAAAAUGCCUAUUGAUAAAUGUUUAACAUGAUUAUAAUGCAAUAAGAUGCCAAUUUAUUUUUAACCAAAUAGAGGGUAUAGAAUGGAAUUUUAAACUUAUAUCCAAAAAA